AACAUAUUUCCUAUGAUGCCGAGCAUUAUAAAAGUAAAAUCACAGAUUAACUUUGGGCGUAUGUACUCACAUACUCAACAACAGUUCAGCGCGAAACGUGAUACGAUUGUGAUGGAAAAGCAAUUGAUUCUCGUUGCGGCGAUGGUUUGUGUUGCUCUGAACACAUCUUCGGCACAGUUUCUUCCCAAAAAGUGUAGUCCGGACCGGAUAUGCAUACCGUUCAAAGACUGUGCGGAUUAUCGUAGCUACGCUGGAACAUCAUCGAAGAAGUGGCCAAAAGAGGUGCAGAAUGAAGUAAAAUCUUUGAUUUGCGAUGUGGAACACCAGGCGCCUGGAAAGAAGUUGUACAAGAUAUGCUGCCUUAAGGCGGGACGCCACUUGCUGGACAUGGAAAACUGCGGUAAGCAAGUAACGAACCGAAUUGCUCAUGGAAAGGUAGCCACUGCGUUCCAGUUUCCGUGGAUGGCUCUACUCAGGGGACGCGAUGGCAAGUUUCAUUGUGGAGGUACCUUAAUUGCUCAGCGGUACGUCCUUACCGCAGCACAUUGCAGGCGCAAACCAGUUUACUCCGUACGCCUUGGAGAAACGGAUUUGUCAACACCAAUCGACUGCAUAAAGUACAUUGACGGAGAAGAAGAAUGCGCUGAGCCACCUCAGGAUAUCCUGGCGGAAAAAUUUAUCAAACAUCCCAAAUACAGCCCUAGUCAGAAAAAGAAUGACAUUGCAUUGAUUAAGCUUGCCAGCCCAGCACUAUUGAAUGACAACGUACGUCCUAUUUGCUUGCCACUAGAAGAAGUAUUGGGGAACAUCGCGCAAACAAAAAUGCUGGUAUCCGGAUGGGGCUUCACGGAAAACGAUACGGAAUUUUCCAAUCAACUGCGUUUUGCUUACGUGCCAAUUGUCGAUCCUCGGCAGUGCAAUGAAUCUCUGGCCCUGUCGAGCAAUGUUUUGACCGUAGAUGAAAGUCAGCUUUGUGCCGGUGGCGGAAAUGACAAAGCAGACAACUGCCAAGGAGACUCCGGAGGUCCGCUGAAGUAUUUCGGAAAUGGGAAGUAUGUGAUUCACGGAGUUGUCUCGUUUGGGCAGGCAACUUGCGGUGUGGUAAGCGAGCCCGGUGUCUAUACCAAAGUUGAGCAUUAUUUAGAAUGGAUCAUUGAUAAUUUGCAAUAGUUCUUAAAAUAAAGUAUAAAAGAAGUUAA